UCCUCUUGAUGCUCGUUCACUUCCCUGCUCUGUUCAUCCACUCGAUCGCUUUCCUUCCCUGCAGGAUGGGACAGUCGAGCAACCUUCACUCCACCUUCCUCCUCCUCCUCCUCUUCCUCCCCUCGUGCUGGGGUCAGAGGCCGUCCUGCAAUCGCUGCGACCUGCGACUCUUGUGCAACUGCUCCCACGGCGGAUUGACCCGCGUCCCCGCGGUACCAGAGGGCGCCCUGACUCUUGACCUGUCCUUCAACGACAUCACCGUGGUGACGGGGGACGACCUGACGGGACACGCGAGGCUGGGGUCUCUGAGUCUCCAUGGUAACAAACUAGCUGUGAUCCAUCCGUCAGCGUUUGACUCUCUGUGGAGCCUGGAGGAGCUAGAUCUGUCUGACAACCAGCUGACUGCUCUCAACCACAGAUGGUUCAGCAAGCUAGGAGCUCUACAGGAGCUCAACCUGCUCCACAACCCCUACAGCUGCCUGGGUUCUCCUCCAGUGUUUCAGAGGCUGGUCAGGCUGAGGAGGCUGAGGUUUGGAGGUCCUGCUCUGGAGGAGCUAAAGAGAGGAGAUCUGUCUGGAGUCACUCAGCUGGAGGAGCUCACUGUGCACGCCAACAACCUGACGAGGUAUGAAACCGGUACGCUAGCGGACGUUUGGCCGCUGGGUCGUGUCACUUUGAGCCUCCGUGGUCCAUUUUUAACGAACGUAGCCUUAGCCUCGGCUGUGCUCGGGGACGUGUCAUACCCUGAGACGUGGAUCAUUCUGGAAGAUCUCCAUCUGAUGAGGAAUCAGUCUGUUCAGCCCUCCAGAGAGGUGACCAGGAGGAGAGUCAGGAAAAUGACCUUACGUAACGUUUCUGUGUCCGAUGAGGCCAUUGCUGACCUCCUGGUGGCGGUGGAUGGGGCGCCGCUCACCUCCUUGUCCGUGGACGACGUCACACUGACAGGCGAGGGCAGGUGGGAGCGAGCCAGAUGGACAGACCAUAAAAGCAUUGACGAGUUCUUCCUACGAAAUGUCAAAGUGCUGAAAGUCUUUCAGUUUGCCUCCCUUCUGGGGCUGCAGUUUCUGCUGCAGUACCCCAGGAAGUUGUCCGUCAUAAACAGUCAGGUGUUUGUGUUGCCCUGUCUCACGUCCCGCCUGCUCGUGAACCUGCAGUACCUGGACCUGUCCGACAACCUGCUGACUGACCUGACUCUGGUGGAGACACUGUGCGAUGGAGACGGCACUCUGAAGGACCUCAGAGUUUUGAACCUCAGUGGAAAUGCUCUGAAGUCUUUGUACACGAUGAACCAGCAGGUAACAAAGCUCUCCAAACUGACCCACCUGGACAUCAGCCGGAAUGGAUACAGCUCCAUGCCCCAGGGCUGCUCCUGGCCCUCCACCCUGCGAUACCUCAACAUCUCCAGGGCCAAACUUACUACCAUCACUCCUUGUUUACCUGCAACUCUGGAGGUGUUGGAUCUGAGCAACAACGACCUCAAGGGCUUCACCCUGGUCCUGCCUGCCCUGAGAGAGCUCUACCUCUCUGGGAAUAAGUUACUGAGGCUGCCCCCUGGAUGGCUGUUCCCCAAUCUGCAAACACUGACAAUACAGUCGAACACCCUGAACAUGUUCGACCGUUUGGACCUCCAGUCGUACAGGCGGCUCCAGGACCUCCAGGCGGGUCAGAACAAAUUCGUCUGCUCCUGUGACUUUGUCUACUUCUUCCAGUCGGCCGUUCAAGGAGGUGGAGGCGUGCAUUUGACAGAUGGAGAGGAGAGCUACGUCUGCGACUCUCCUCUCUACCUGCAGGGGGAACCGGUGGGUCGAGUCCAACUCUCUGUUGUCGUGUGCCACCGGGUUUUGUUUGUGUCCGUGAGCUGUGGGGUGGCACUGGUUAUAGGGAUACUGGUGUGUGUCCUGCUGUGGCGCCUCCAUGCGUUCUGGUACCUCAAGAUGAUGUGGGUGUGGCUGAGGGCCAAGCAUAGCUCCCGGGAACGGCGGCAACGCAGAGAUGGAGCAGAAACGGAGGAGUUGCUGUCCUACGAUGCCUUUGUGUCCUACAGCGAGAGAGAUGCGAGCUGGGUGGAGAACUUCUUGGUACCUGAGCUGGAGGAGCCACGGGAGAACGAUGAAGACUCUGUGAACCACAGAGCCCCCCGACCUCUGACCCUGUGCCUCCACAAGCGGGACUUCCUUCCUGGACACUGGAUUGUGGACAACAUCAUGAGCGCUAUGGAGCGCAGCCGGCGCACCGUCUUCAUCCUCUCGGAGAAUUUUGUCCAGUCGGACUGGUGCCGCUACGAGCUGGAGUUUUCCCACUUCCAGCUGUUCGAUGGCAGUGCCGGCGAAGAUGCGGCCAUCUUGGUCCUGCUGGAACCGCUGUCCAAGGACGACAUCCCCAAACGCUUCUGCAAGCUGCGCAAACUCAUGAGCUCCAGCACCUACCUGGAGUGGCCUCAGGAGGAGGAGAAGAGUGGGGAGUUCUGGAGGAAACUCCGCCACGCUUUGAGAGAAGAAGAUGAGGAUGACUGAGAGAGAAAGACGAUCGGCUUUCAUCAGAUCAUUCUGGUUUCUUCCACCCUUUGUAGAUUUAAGGGUUUGAUCAACUCAACUUUGUUCAAAUAAUGAUGUAAAAGAAAACAGCUGAUGAAUGACAAAAUUAAAUUGUU